CAGGCGCAGUGAGCGUUGAGCUGGCGUGAAGCGAGAACAGAUGAAAGGCGAUUCUCGCGUUUUCCUCGGCAUUUGUCGAGUCUUCUCGUGUCCGUUUGAGUGAGUAUCUUGCGUACUUGUGUUCGGCAAUUGUACGUGGAAAUUAUCAACCGCGGUCAAAUCGCACUGUGAUUAAACAAAGUGAAAGCCGAGCUGACAAGACAGCUCUGGUGGAAAGCGAAAAGUGAACAACAGCUGAACGACAUUAUGACAUACCAAAGUGACUCCAAAAAGAGCACGAUGAUAGAUGCAUAGAAAAAGUUUAAGCUUCUACAAAAAAACUAAAAUUUGUAGCAUUUAUUUCAAGAUGUUACGAUGCUGAUUAAUAAUUGGACAAAUGAGGUGAAAACGGAUUCGUAAAAAUUACACUGAUUGUGAAUUGGCUGGUGAUUUGUAAAAUAUAUAUCCUAAACGAAGGCAGAGAUUAAUGCAAAGGCAUUCAAGUGAAUUACAGGAGUAUAAUUAUAAACUACAAACAUUGGUUGGAUUUGAAUUUAAACAAGUGAUUAGUUUGAAUAAAAUAUAUACAAGAUGAGUUACGGGUGGAACAUGGAAGUGGUCAGUGAGCCAGAGUUUGUUCGUCAGGUCGCUAAAAAAGUGGAUCUCGGAGAAAGAGGCUCGGGUAUCAGAGCACAAGGAACAAUUCAAGAUUUUAACCAGCUGAGGCAGGAAUGUUUAUCGAAUGGAACACUGUUCGAAGACCCCGAGUUCCCGGCACAAGAUGAUUCCAUAUAUUUUUCGAGAAGACCCGACCGCUACAUCGAAUGGAAACGUCCAAUGGAAAUUGCACACGAUCCACAACUAUUCGUUGAGGGGUUUUCACGGUUUGACGUACAACAGGGCGAGCUUGGUGAUUGCUGGCUCAUCGCAGCUGUUGCCAAUCUUACACUACAUCCAAACUUAUUCUUUCAAAUUGUACCCGAAGAUCAAAGCUUCGAAGACAACUAUGCAGGGAUAUUCCAUUUCAGAUUUUGGCAGUACGGAAGAUGGGUAGAUGUAGUCAUAGAUGAUCGCCUGCCGACUAGUCAAGGGAAAUUGAUGUUUUUACAUUCAGCUGAAAAUAACGAGUUUUGGAGUGCACUGCUUGAGAAAGCCUACGCGAAGCUUCAUGGUUCGUAUGAAGCUUUAAAGGGAGGAACGACAUGUGAAGCUAUGGAAGACUUUACCGGAGGAGUAACAGAGCUGUACGAAAUGAAUGAAACACCGCCAAACUUGUUCAAUAUUCUACUCAAAGCUUAUGAAAGAAACUCAUUAAUGGGUUGUUCACUGGAGCCGGAUCCAAACGUAUUAGAAGCUGAAACGCCAGAAGGUUUAAUCAGGGGACAUGCCUAUAGUAUUACACGAGUCAAGUAUGUUGAUAUCAUGACGCCAAAUCAAGUAGGAAAAAUUCCUUUAUUGAGAUUGAGGAACCCAUGGGGUAACGAGGCUGAAUGGAACGGACCUUGGAGUGAUCAAUCACCUGAAUGGAGGUUUAUUCCUGAUCAUGAGAAAGAGGAACUGGGAUUAACGUUCGAUGUAGAUGGUGAAUUUUGGAUGUCUUUACAAGAUUUCAAGCAUCACUUCACACGGCUUGAGAUCUGUAACUUGAAUCCGGACUCUUUAACAGACAGUGAUCUCAGCGCUGGUAAAAAAAAAUGGGAAAUGAGCAUAUUUGAAGGGGAAUGGGUACGCGGAGUAACAGCUGGUGGAUGCCGUAACUUUUUAGAAACCUUUUGGCACAACCCCCAGUAUCGUAUAACAUUAGAAUACCCUGAUGAAGAUGAUGACAAAUGCACGGUUAUCGUAGCAUUGAUGCAAAAAAAUCGUAGGGCACAAAAACAGAUGGGUGCUGAUUGUCUGACAAUUGGCUUUGCCAUGUAUCGUCUGGAAGAUCCCGACAGAUUACCAAAGCCGUUGGAUGUUAAUUUCUUCAAGUACAACGCCUCGGUAGCUCGAUCUCCGUCAUUCAUUAACCUUCGUGAAGUUAGCUGCCGAUUCAAGUUGCCGCCUGGUGUUUACUGCAUUGUUCCCAGUACUUUUGAUCCGCAUGAAGAAGGCGAAUUCUUAUUGAGAGUAUUUUCUGAAAAUCAGAACAACAUGGAGGAAAAUGAUGAACAAAUUGGUAUCGGCGAAGUCGAUGAUAGGGUCAAUAACCAUGGUAAAGAAAGGCCAGAAGGGCAAGAAGAUACAGUAAGAGAUCAGCCUGAGCCUGAUAAAAACGAGGAAAAAGUACGAGAGUUCUUCAGAAAACUUGCCGGUGAUGAUAUGGAAGUCGAUUGGAUGGAACUGAAAGAAAUCUUGGACUUCGCUAUGCGCAAAGAGCUACCAUCAUCUGCUCGACGUAGCGAGGCUCGAGCCCCAGAAAUCACCCCAGGAGAAGGGUCCAUUGUCGACACGCUCAUCUCGUUACUCUGUGGUCUUGUUUGUAAUAACGAGCAAUACAAUAAACCUGUAGAAUUGCAAAACGAAGGUUUCAGUAAAGAUAUAUGCCGUAGUAUGGUUGCCAUGCUGGAUACAGAUCGUUCCGGUAAACUAGGAUUUGAAGAGUUCAAAUCACUUUGGAAUGACAUUAGAAAUUGGAGGGCUGUAUUCAGAUUAUACGAUAGAGAUGGUUCUGGAUACUUGAGCGCGUUCGAGCUUAGACAAGCUUUAAAUAGCGCCGGCUAUCGCAUGAAUAAUCAUAUUUUGAACGUACUUGUACAUCGUUAUGGAACGAAGGAUGGAAUGAUCGCAUUCGACGAUUAUAUCAUGUGCGCUGUACGUCUAAAGACGAUGAUUGAUAUAUUCAGAGAACGCGAUCCAGAUAAGACAAACACUGCUACUUUUACAAUGGAAGAAUGGGUUGAGAAGACAUUGUAUUCGUAAUCAAUAACAAAAAAGAGGCAAACCAAAAGCACAAACUCAGGAACAAAUUAUCGACCAGAUGUUGGUCAACGUGAAACUUUGAAGUACUACAUUUUUCAAAUCCUGGAAGCUAAAUACAAUUGAAGCUCUCAUUUCUUCGAAACUCCAAACUCCUUUUUUCGUACCUGUUAAGCUUUAUUGAUCAUCUCUUUCAUUGUAACUAAUAACUCACUAUCCCUAAAUAUUCGUUUGUAAGCUUAUGCGUUUCAGAUUUACUCUAUCAAUUCAUAACUGUACAGAUAGUUUUUAAAGUACAUGUGUAUCCAUUUGUGUUACGUCAAUUCAAGUGUUCAAGCUAACUGGGCUUACCAACUUAAUAUUCAGAAUCAGUUUUAUCGAGAGAACAUUAUUAAUAUUUUACUCACAUCUUCACUUUCGGGGCAUAAUCAUUUUUUUCCAAUUCAUCAAUUAUUGCAUGAUAAACCCCUAUGUGUGUAAAGAGAAAACAUCAAAGUUUGUAGAAGUUGGUUCAAUUUGCAGGAGAAACAAUGAUGUCAAACAGAAACAGGUCUAAUUUAUGUUGGCUGUAUACAGGGAUCCUGAUACCUUAAGGAGGUUGAUUGGCAAAAAAUUACGACUUUUUAUUAAUUUCAUCACGACAUAGUCAUACAUUGAGUAAUUAUGAAAUCAUUAUACAAAAUACAAAAAUCCGAAAAUCGUAAUUACUCGAAUUAUGAAAAAAAAGUUAAACACCGAAGCUUUGUUUCUAAUCGCUUUAAAAUGGUUAAAAAUCUAGUAGAUUUGUUCGAAUAUAAUAAUUCAAUAAAUACUCAAUUUGCUAGUAUCUUGUAAUGAAAUUAAUAAAAAGUAUCCAUUUUGGCCAACCCACCUCUUUAAAUAAGGCAUAGGCAGUAGGACCAGGAUAGCUAUCUAAAUUAUGAUUAGCGAGUUGGUUUCAUGGUGCAAAGUAUAUAGUUGAUGUUUAUAACUAGCUUUUAUGUAUAAAAAAAUCUACAAAAAUAUGGUCAGUGAGUGUGUGGGAUUCGGAUUGACAAAAUACAAUUUUCAAAUCCCACUCGUAUGCUGCAUGUCUACAAAAUGGCAGUUACUUUGUGACACUAAAAAAGCCUUUUUUAACCUCAUUCCGCAUGUCUGUCUUAUUCAUAAGUCAGUAUGCUAAAUUCAAAUCGCGUAUAUAAUAUAUACAACCAGUACUAUUUGUUUUCUACCCAUGGAUGCCCAGAAUACAUAUAUACAUGCUCAACCGUAUACCAUGUUGUUGCACUUUCGAGUAUUCCUGUUAGCUCUCGCCAAAAAAUGCCUUCAGGUAGCUCGAGCAUCGAAACGUCGCGAACCAGAUCCCUAUUAUGCUUGAAUGCAUAUUGUUCAUUAAGCUUUUUACUUCCAAUAUCAGAUGAAGACUGAGACAUGGUUGAUAAAGGUAAUCUCAAUAGCCGGAAGAGCAUUUGAAAUAUACUUGAUUUAAGCAACGUAAUAAAUUGCAAUUCGUACAGAACUGAACCAUGGAUUAGUUUUAAUUGGAUACCGGGAGUGGAAGGCACCAAUAAACGCUACUGUGUCUAAUAUGUAGCAUCAGAAUGAUAUUUUCUUUAAAAUAUACAGUAUAUUUACACUUAUAGUGUUUUAUUUAUGAUAAAUAUUUAUAUUACAUAGAGUUGUUUUUAAGUAUUGGAGAUAAUAAAUAAAUGUCAUUACAAUGAUAAUAUUUACAUUUGAAAAAAUGACAGAAGAAAAGUACUAGCAUUACAUAACUCGAUAAAAAUCAUCAUAAUACAGGUGAUAGAAACCGAUUGUGAGAUGCAAGGGCUGUUUGCCUCAUGCAUUAGAAGAAACAGUCAAGUUCUAGAUUUUGAGUAAAUUUGUAUGCUGUAUGCUUAAAAAAAUUUGAUCUUUCCGCGAUAUGAUUUUCGGAAUUCUUAAUAUUUUAUCAACUGUUUUCAUUUAUUUCCUCUUCUUUUUUUUUUAUAAUAAAUCGGAACUCAACAGAUUACACUGAAAAUCUGAAAGUUGAAGCUUUAUACAUUUACGUGAAUUUAAUCACGAAGUUUCAUAAGUUAGUUAUCUGUCCUUGAGGUUUACAGAUAUGUAAAACUGCAAAAACAUCAUGCUGAAUAACCCAUUCACUCAAACCAUACACGUAGAUAAAUAUUUCAAGUUACUUAUUUUUAUAUUCCUUAGGAAACUUGUGUAUUCUUCUUAUACUUAUUAAAUUUACGCACCUUGCACCAAUCCACUAAA